AUGAUAUUACGGCUCCUUGCUGGUCGAUAAAACAGUUUCUUUCCUUUUCGUGCAACAACGUUGUCAAAAUGUCUCUCGUAAUUCCAGAGAAGUUCCAACACAUCCUUCGUAUCAUGAGUACGAAUAUCGAUGGUAAACGUAAAGUUAUGUUUGCCAUGACUGCCAUCAAGGGUGUUGGUAGGCGUUAUGCUAACAUCGUCUUGAAGAAGGCCGAUGUUGAUUUAAACAAGAGGGCUGGUGAAUGCUCCGAAGAGGAAGUUGAAAAGAUUGUCACUAUUAUGACUAACCCACGUCAAUACAAAAUCCCAGACUGGUUCCUUAACAGGCAAAAGGACAUCAUUGACGGAAAAUAUAGUCAAUUGACCUCCUCUAACUUGGACAGCAAGUUGCGUGAAGAUCUUGAGCGUAUGAAGAAGAUUCGCGCUCACAGGGGAAUGAGGCACUUCUGGGGCCUCCGUGUCCGUGGUCAACACACCAAGACUACCGGCCGUCGUGGACGCACUGUCGGUGUAUCCAAGAAGAAGUAAACUUGAUUAUGUAUGAUUUACAUUAUUUAAUAAAAAAUGAAAAGAAAAAAACAUAAAA